AUGUCAACUGAAAUCCAACCUCACCACCAUCAUCAUCAUGAUCAUCAUCAUGAUAAACAUCACCCAAUUCCUCAAAUCAAAAGGGCAACUAAAGAACAAAUGGAAAAAGCAAUCAAGAAGUACCAAAAAACAGGUAAGAGAGUUCUUAUUGGUGAUUUAACUGAUGCCGAAAAAGAGUCCAUUAAUCAAAGACUUGAUGCCCUCGAAAAGCCAAAACAAAAAGAUGGUGAUUUCCUCAAUUCGACAGAUUGGGGUCAAAUCAUUGGAUUGGUCCUUAGUUUCACUCCUUACGUUGGUUCUUUCCUUAAAGUUGGUUUUGGAAUUGUUUGGGGAAAAAUCUUCUCAAAAGAUGGUCAAUACAUCACCCAAGAUCAAUUCCAAUCAUCGAUGGCAUCUUUAUAUCAAAAGAUUGAAACUCUACUCAACGAGCAAUUGGAUGCCAGUGAAAUCAAUCGAUGUACUGCCAUGUUCAACGAUUGUCAAAACCGUGGAAACAAUUUCAAUGAUCUUCUCACUCUAUUCGUUGAUAGACAUCAAUCAAAAGUUGGUUUUAUCCCAAACAAGAAUGUAGAUUAUAGAGUUGAACCACCUGCUCACUUGCUUGAACUCGAUGAUGACACUCUUCUUCAAAUGAUUAGAAGUCAAUUCUUAGAUUAUCGUAACUUUUUAGAAGUUAUAGUUAAAUUAAGUCUUCUCUUUUUUUCUUAUCACAUUUCUGUAGGUGCUCUAAUUAACUUCUCACAACCAUUGUAUGCUCGUAUCCUUGGUAGUCUUUAUGGAAUGACCAUGUUGCUUUAUUCGAAUCUCAUGAGAGAUGCUUGUUUCCAAGGUUCAGCAUGGGGAUUCCCACCAGAUUAUGUUUAUGGAAAUGGUGAUGUAAAAGGUUUGGAGGAAACUCUUCAUGAUAAAACCCAAGAUUUCCAUUACUAUCUUGCAAGAUGCAACUUAUACUAUGAAUUGGAACUCAUUAAACCAGCAGUUAGUAUAUAUCCAGCAAUUAAUCUUCCAGAUGAUGGAUAUAAAUUAUUCUCGCAAAUCAAUAAUCUAGAUUUCUUUGUGUAUGAUCCCAAAAAUCCAGUCAUUUGUAUCGAUCCCGAUUCCAAUGGUAAUUUCCAAUGCUAUGAUCCAACCCCACCCUAUGCUCGUACUGUAUUCAAGUUUGACCCAUCAAUAAGUAAAAAUACAGUUAAUAAGGACCCUCAUUUUGAUACUGUAUCUGGAUAUAACCCCACAUAUCUUCAAUUUGGAUCCAUCUAUGGUCCAAAAUAUACAAUUCAAAGAAAUGGUGUAUUCUUUUAUUAUUUGACAGUCACCUUUGCAAUCUAUGACUCACGUCUAGGUAGUGAAUGGGAUCUUUAUCUUAAUGGUAGAAAAGUUAUGACUCUUGAUACUACCCCGGGUUUGAAUGAUGGUUGUGUCAGAGGAGAUAGAAUGAGCUAUUACUAUGAAGAAUGGUUGCUCCAAUAUAAUCAAAAAAGAGCUAGUUCCUUUAUCACCGUCAAGUUUGACUUCAUCGAUUACCUGUACAGUGUUGAUAUCGAAUUAAGAGGCAACGGAGGAUUCCUUAAUGGAGUUGAAGUCACCUUCCCAAAUUAUCCAGGAAUAACAAAGGUUGUAACAUCAUAUUUCUAUGAAUUUCAAAAAUUGGAUAAGAGACAACAACAACAACAACAUCAAGUUUGGUAUAGAGUAAAGAUUCGUUACAAGAGAGAAACAAUAGAAUUGAGAUGUUCAUUGAUGACAACUAAGUGUACAGAACAUUCCAGAUUACACGAGUUUAUUUGUUAUCAAUGUAAUAAAUUAAUGUGUUCAAGAUGUAUAACCACACAUAAUAAUGAUUAUCCAGAACAUGUGAAACAAUACGAUCACAUCGAUGACAUUAGACAAUCAUUAAAUAAUAUAGAUCUAAAUGAUAGUAGCAAAUUAAAUAAUGAAAAUAGCAAUAAUAAUGAAACCUCUAUUUGGGAAAGUCUAAAAUCAGCCUCUGAUCGAUAUCAGAAUUUAACAAAGACAGAAGAUGAAAUAUCAAAACAUUUUGAAAAGUUUCAUCAAUAUCUAGUCAUUGAAGAACAUAAGUUAAAGAAAGUAAUCAUCAGCGAUAAAGACAUAAUCACCAAUCAAAUCGAUCAAAACAUUAAUCAAUUGAAAUAUUUGGUAAACUUUAUUAAAAUAAAUAAUAAACUUGAUGAUGAUAAUAUCAAUAGCGAUAAUAGUAGCAUCAAUAACAACAAUAAUAAUAACAAUAAUGACGUAGAAGAUACCUCUGAUCAAUACUCUGCCGCCGCUAUUAUUAAGUCUGUAUCAUCAAGCACAUCGUUACAAUCGUUUAUUAACGAUAAUAGCCAAACAUUGUUCAACCAAUACCACGAGUUAUUCCAAAUGAAAGUUCAACUUCAACAACAAAAUAAUUCAUCCGAUUCCUUAUUGUUGAGUAUUCUCCAGAAAUAUCACAACCAUUUCACCCACACUUGUAAUAAUAAUUCAUCUCAAAUGAUUGAAUAUCAACUCACAACCAAACAACCUGAUCUUAAUCAACUCAGUACAAUUAUAAAUCAAACAAUUACACUAUCAAACACCAAUAUUGAUAUCAAUAGUAUUAAUAACAAUAAUAGUAAUAAGAAACACUCUUAUAUAUUAUCAACUCAUAGUGGAAGUGGAGUUACACUUAUUAAUCUAUCAGACAAUUCAACUGAAGAGUUGGAUACCAAUUUUGAUUUCACUCGUACCUACGGCUCUAUGAUUACUGUUGGCAAAGAUAUCUAUAUAUUCGGAUGUAGCUCUAGUGCAUUCAAAUGGUUUAAAUUUUCAAUCAAAUCUAGAACCAUCGAAGAUAUUGGCGAAAUAGUAGGAGUAGAUGGUGACUAUCAUAUCUCGGUUUGCUAUGAUGGUCAAGAUCAUAUCUAUUUGGUUAAUGGCUGUAGGACCAAUAGGAUUGAUAGAUUCAACAUAAAGACAAAUACAUUUGAGAAACUAUAUCAACUAUCAGAUCAAUACGGCCAACAGCUAUCAUCUAUGAUCAUCAACGGAACACUCUAUUCAGUAUCAGUUAAACAAAAGAAGCUAUUUGAAUACAGCUUAGCAAAGAAUACCGUUAUAGAUCAUCAAAUAGAUAUCUUGCCGUGGUCCGCUUGUCAUGAUAACAAUGGUAAUUUCUACAUUCAUUCCAUUGAUGAUAAGUACAUCAAAUAUAACGUUAUUACCAAACAAACCACCAAUCUCAAUCGCAUACCCGCCAAAGAUGGUUAUGUUUUUUUAAUGUAUCAUCAAGAAUCAUCAGAAUCAAGUUUUAUCUAUUCCUUUGGUGGUGCAGUCUUUCGCAAUUUCAAAUACUGCAUUGAAUCCGAUCAAUCUGAACCUUUCUUUACAGAUGAUAAAAAACGAAGAGGUUGGUGUGGAUCUUCAUCAAUAACAAUAUAA